ACCUCACUCAAAACGCCCCCGUUUCACGAGGGCGGCGGUAGCGGCCAUCUUACGAAAGUCUUUAGCGCGCGGGGGAUUGAAAGCCGCGGGAUUGUUGUGGUUUCGUCGCAGGCGCUUUGGAAGAAUGCCUCCCAAAGGGCGGAAAAGGAAGCCAGAUAUUCCUCAAGCAGAAGCUGCCGCAUCUAAUGGAGAGGGAGCCAAUGAUGUGGAGAAAUUGCCCAAGUUACGGAAGAAGCAUGAAGGAUUGGGAGAUCUCCGUGUGAUCAUUGAGCACUGCAAAAGCUGACGAGUCUUUGGGCGUAGAGCUGAGGCUGUCAGCCAAGAGCUGUGCCUGGCUUUUCCUGACAUCCUUGUGGAGAUCAACCUUGAAAAACCCCGGAGGAAUAGCUUUGAAGUGGUUCUCUUGAAAAAGGAUGGCACCAAGGCAGAGCUGUGGAGUGGCCUUAAGAAAGGGCCACCCCGUAAACUGAAGUUCCCAGAACCCAGCAACAUUGUUGAAAUGGUGAAGCGCAACUUAAAGUAAAGUCAGCAAUGAUGGGGUAGGAGCACCAGUGCCUCUGUGAUGGCCGUUUGUCCUGUGAGUUGGAGCAUUCAUGAUGGGAUAUGAUGAAGUGGGGUAAAGAAACUCUGGUCAUAUCUCUGAAACUGCUGCCCCUCCCUCACAAGGAAGAAUGGACCAGAUAUUCUUUCCUAUCCCUCCAUCCUUUAAAAUGUUUCUUAUUCCUGGGAACGUUUUUCGGAAGAAUUUUAUUUUCAGUAAAGCUUGACUGCCGCCUCUAUCUCGUUUAAUUCUGUUCCGUAAAAUAAAGGUGUCACAAUAUUCUGUCCUAGCA